AUAACAGAACAAAUAGUAAAACAAACCACUAUAUUUUCCAUCUUCAUUUCAAUUUGGGCAAAAAGCUUCAAUCUUGAAACCCUAGAAAUUUUUAUAUCUCUUCUCAACUAUCCAAACAACAAACCCCAAUUCAAAUCUACCCAAUUGGGUCCUUUUAAAAAUUAAUCAAAAAAAAAUUUUGAAAAAAUAUUUGCUACCCAUUUCUUGGUUUCUGUAGAUUUAAAGAUUGGACUUUUAUAUUGCUUUUGAGCUGAAAGAGAUGGAAUUUAGGGUUUCAGAUGAAUUGUUAGGUGUUAUAAUGCCUAUAAUUGUGUAUUGGGUUUAUUCAGGGAUGUAUAUAUUGUUUGGAGGUAUGGAUAAGUAUAGAUUGCAUUCAAGAAAAGAUGAGAAUGAGAAGAAUUUAGUGCCUAAAAGUGUUGUUGUUAAAGGGGUUCUUCUGCAGCAGCUUGUGCAGGCUAUUGUGGCUAUAAUCUUGUUCAAGGUGACUGGGGAUACUGCUGGUGAUGGCACAGGGGAGCAGUCUUCCCCCGUUGUUCUUGCUAGGCAAUUCUUUACUGCAAUGGUGGUUUUAGAUACCUGGCAAUAUUUUAUGCAUAGAUACAUGCACCAUAACAAGUUCUUGUACCGACAUGUACAUUCUCAACAUCACCGCCUCGUUGUACCUUAUGCAUUUGGAGCUUUAUAUAAUCAUCCGUUGGAGGGACUUAUUCUAGAUACAAUUGGUGGGGCUUUAUCUUUUCUCAUUUCUGGCAUGUCCCCUCGAGCUUCCAUCUUCUUCUUUUCCUUUGCCACCAUUAAAACAGUUGAUGACCACUGUGGUUUAUUGCUUCCUGGAAACCCUUUCCAUAUCUUCUUUAGGAACAACUCUGCUUAUCAUGAUGUCCACCACCAGCUUUAUGGCACCAAAUAUAACUUUUCACAGCCAUUUUUCGUUACAUGGGACAAAAUUCUUGGAACUUACUUGCCUUUUUCACUUCAGAAGAGACCAGAUGGCGGUUUUGAAGUAAAGCCUGAGAAAGUAUGCAAGGAGAGUUAAGCAGCUUGACAUGGCUCUGUCAAAAUUUAAUGCAUUGCGGUAUCAAUCUUAUUUAUAUUGAGUUCAUGUUCAAAAACACUUGAGUUGCCUAUUGUAGAUGCACUGCACUGUUGCUUCUUACAGGAGCUAUUGAGGACCUUCGCCGUCCCAUGAUUAAUAUGUAUGUAACCCAUGGUAUAUGUGAAGUUUAUGAUCUUUGUACUUGAAACCGGCUUGUCCAGUGUUUUUCUUCUCGUAUCUAAUAUAUUCCAUUUUUUAUGUGGAAGCAUGAAAUGGAACAUUCUGCA